AUGCGCGGGAACCUCCCGUUCCUCGCCGCGGCGGCCGCCGCUGGGUCCAGCAAUGGCGCUGCCCUCCCUCUGUCCCUCUCGCACACGAAGCAGCUCCACGCGCGCCUCAUGGUCGCCUCCCCCUCCUCCGCUUCUGGCCCUGCCGACCUCCGCCACCUAGUGCUCCGCUCCUAUGCCGCCCGCGGAGACUUCUCCUCCGCCCGCCGCUUGCUGGACGAGGCUCCCCGUCCGGCCUCGCCGCUCCUCUACAACGCCCUAAUCCGCGCCCACGCCCGCCGCCUCGACCUCUCCGCCGCGUUCGCGCUCUUCGCCCGCAUGCGCCGCUCCGCCACUCCGCCCGACGCGCACACCUUCGCCUGCGUCCUCCGUGCCUGCGCCGAAUCCUCACGCCCGGACGCCGUCAAGGUCGUCCACGGUAUCGCCACAUCAUGCGGUAUGUGCUCCCGUCCGAUUGUCCUGAGCGCGCUUGUCAGUGGGUACGCAAAGGUUGGCCUCGUGGACAAUGCUCGCAGCGUGUUCGAUGGAUUGUGCGAGCCGGACUUGGUCCUUUGGAACUCCAUGUUGUCUGCAUACGGGUACCAAGGAAUGUGGUAUGAUGGUCUCCAGAUGUUUUCCUCAAUGCGGAGAGCUGGGGAGCAGCCGGAUGGGUAUUCAAUGGUUGGCUUAAUCUCAUGCUUCUGGAAUCCGGAAAUACUUGCAUUCGGUCAAGCAGUUCAUGGAAUGUGUGUCAAGGGGGGUUAUGACUCCGGACACCAUGUGAGAAGCACACUUGUGUCGAUGUACAUUAGGUGUGGGUGUAUGGAAUCUGGACAGAGAUUGUUUGGUAGCUUGCCCGAUGCGGAUUUGAUUACCUGGUCGUCACUGAUUACUGGGCUAAUGCAAACUGGCAAGUACGAGGAGUCAUUUGAUUUGUUCCGAAAAUGUGUUUUACUGUUGUACCAGGAGGUCCAUUGUUAUGCAGUCAGGCUUGGAGCAGAUAUGGAUAUAAGAGUCUCUUCUUCACUAAUGGAUGCUUAUGCAAAAUGUGGUUUCACUGAGCUUGGAUACUGGGUGUUCCGCCAAUUACCUAAUAAGAACUCAGUCAUGUACAACACGGUCAUAUCAAACCUUGGAUCUCACGGGUUUGCAACUAAGGCUAUUGAUGUCCUAGAUGAGAUGGUUAAUGAUAAGCUAAUGCCUGAUAGUGCUACCUUCUCCGCUUUACUUGCUGCUUGUUGUCAUGUGGGACACUUGGAGGAGGGAUGGAAGUUGUUCAGGAGAAUGAGGGAUGAAUUCAAGAUAGUUGUUGAAAUGGAGCACUAUGUGUACAUGGUGAGGCUUCUUGCAACAUUUGGCCAGCUGAAGGAGGCAUACGAUCUUAUACAGACAAUGCAAAUACAACCAGAUUGUGGUGUGUGGGGUGCAUUGCUUUGGGGUUGUUGUGUCCAUCGUGAUUCCAGCCUCGGCAGGAUUGUUGCUGAAAAGCUCUUUGAACUCAAUUCAGAGAAAGCUGCUUACCCAGGGUUAUGCUCUCAAACUUGUAUGCCUCACAAGAGAUGUGGUGGGAUGCUGAGGAGGUUAGGGAUGAGUUAUCAAAAGAAAAUAUGUACAAGAACACAGGGAUGA